CAGUACUACCACACUACGUCUCGCUCAUACAUCGAGCGUUUAUCAGGAAUCCGUAUUUAAUAAACCGGUUACAGUCGCUCCGGAAUACAGUACGAUACAAGCCGCGCGCGAACAUUGAUGUUUUUAAAAUAAAAAAGUUGGAGAGGAAUCAGCCACUAUGCAGAACGGAGCAUCUAACGGCAGCUCUUCGGAGUUCUUUAACCUCAAGGAAUUGCCGCAUAUAAUUAGAGCAUUGGACAAAAACCAAAAAGUUCACGAAAACAUUUUAAAUGUAAUUGGAAAUACCCCAUUGGUGAAAUUGAACAAAAUACCCCAACAAGAGGGUAUACAAUGCCAAAUGUAUGCUAAAUGCGAAUUCUUGAACCCCGGUGGUUCAGUGAAGGAUCGUAUCGCAUUCAGGAUGGUACAAGACGCUGAAAGACAAGGAAUUCUGAUUCCCGGAAAAUCUGUAAUUAUUGAACCGACUUCUGGGAAUACAGGAAUCGGUUUGGCUCUGGCAUCAGCUGUGAAAGGAUAUAGAUGCAUAAUUGUAUUACCCGAAAAAAUGUCGGACGAGAAAGUGAACACCCUUCUGGCUCUGGGCUCAGAAAUUAUCAGGACUCCGACCGAAGCCCCGUCGGACUCUCCCGAAAGUAAUCUUGGGGUGGCACUGAGACUUUCCAAGGAAAUUCCUAACGCUGUUCUGCUGGAUCAGUACAACAAUCCAUGCAAUCCCCUCGCCCACUACGACGGGACAGCCGAGGAGAUCCUCUGGUCACUUGACGAUGACGUCGACAUGGCUGUCAUAGGCGCUGGCACAUGCGGAACCAUCUCUGGCAUUGCUCAUAAGAUAAAGGAGAGAUGUCCUAAAUGUAUCAUAGUGGGCGUGGAUCCUUACGGGUCGAUUCUCGCCGAACCUGACGAACUUAAUGAGUCUGAUGUUCAGAUGUACGAGGUGGAAGGCAUAGGCUACGACUUCCUGCCGCGUACACUCGACAGGAAAGUAAUAGACAUGUGGAUCAAGACUGACGACGGCAGCGCGCUGCAGAUGUCACGGAGACUUAUCAAGGAGGAGGGCUUCCUUUGUGGUGGCAGCAGCGGAGCAGUGAUGUACGCAGCCACCAAAGCAGCGAAGCAACUGAAAGCCGGCCAGAAGUGUGUGGUUCUGAUGCCCGACAACAUCCGCAACUACAUGACCAAGUUCAUUUCCGACCAGUGGUUGGAAGCGCGCGAUUUUAAACCUAUCCCUAAUAACAACGAACUAUGGUGGUGGAACAAGCCAUUGUUGGAAAACGUCGUGCCGGCGACAGUGAGCAUCACGCUGAAUAGCUCUAUCACUGACGCUCUCACAGCCUUGAGGAAAAGUUCUUCACCCGUUGUUACUGUUUUGGACAAUAAGGGAAAUCUAAGUGGUGUUUUUACCGCUGACAACACCAGAAAAAGGCUCGCCAACAUCUCGGGAUCAAGUGCGGAGGCACUCGAGAAAUUCGUUGUGAAGAAGAUUUACAAGGUUGAUCUUGCAAACAAUCCGUCUCUAGGAGCCGUGUCGCGGUUACUCGACAUUGCACCUUAUGUCGUUGUUGUUAAAACAGAACCAUCACAGAGUGUUCCGAAAAUCGUUGGCGCAAUCACAUCGGACGACUUAUUGAUGCUUGUCAGCAGCGAUCAAUCAUUGAAGAAUGCUAAUCCUAUAUGCGCAAAAGCUCAAAAUGGGAAUGUGGCUUCUACUGGAAAGAACGGUUCUAUUUCAACACCAGAUUCUCUGCAAACGAAUUCCGGCAUCACUGUUUAAAAUGAAAAGUUUUCCUGCUUUAUUAAUGAUUUAAGACCUUCAUUAUUACAAAAAAUAUUUUAAAGUGAAUUUGGGUAUACAACGAACAUUUAUUUAUGUGCGAGUUUAUAAUAUACUCGUAAUAUUACAAAUUACAGUGCUGAGAGGAAGCCAUUGAAAUUACCCCCUCCCGGUAGGCCUAACAUACGCGCC